CUCGUAUGGAGCAACACGAUUGUUUCUGAGCUACGUAAGCCUGUUAUACCAGUCUGGUGGUGAUGUGUGUCAGUAAAGUAAACUUGGUAGCGUUGGUUUAACUCUUUCUUCAAUAUGGGUGACAAGGACAAAUUCGGGGCCACGCUCAGAAGAAGGGCGACUAUUACUGCAGCAAAAGGAGAGUCUAAACAACUAAAUGGAACUAAUGCAACAAGUGUCAGCAAUAGCAGUGGCAAAGCAAAGCGCAAGAUUCAAGAAUCAUUCACAACGGACUCGCUGAAUGAACAUGGAAAACAAAAAAACGCUUCCUACGAUAAAAUGAGAUGUCACAAAAUGCAAGAGUCGAUGCUGAGUUCUGCAAGUGGUUUUAGAAAUUACAGAGGCAUUCUGAACUGGUGUGUUGUUAUGCUAGUCCUUAACAAUGCACGGCUUUUCUUGGAAAACCUCCUUAGGUAUGGGAUUUUAGUGGACCCUAUCCAGGUGGUGUCUCUGUUCUUGAAGGACCCGUACAGCUGGCCUGCAGCAUGCCUCGUCAUCGUCUCAAAUCUGUUCAUCAUUGUGGCGCUAUACACCGAAAGAAAAUUAGCCAUGGGGAGUUUCGGUGAGAAAUACGGGCUACUGAUUCAUUCCAUCAAUCUGUCAGUUAUCCUGUGUUUCCCCGUGAUCACCGUGUUGAAACUGCCCUCCAUAACCCCAGCCGGCGGACUGUUUGCUCUGGGGGUCUACACUGUCCUCUUCUUAAAACUCUACUCCUACAAAGACGUGAACAGGUGGUGCAGAGAGAGGAGACACACUAAGGCUCGAAGUCUGUGCAGAUCUCUCUCCUGUCCAUCGGGUCAGUCGAGUGAAAAUGGAGGACAGACGCAUGUCUCUUAUCCUGGGAAUCUGUCUCUCAGAGAUAUGUAUUACUUUAUUUUUGCUCCGACACUCUGCUACGAGCUGAACUUUCCCCGCUCUGAGCGGAUACGCAUUGGCUUCCUGCUAAGACGACUCUUUGAAAUGUUACUUCUCACACAGUUACUGGUCGGCUUAACACAACAGUGGAUGGUGCCAAUCAUACGCAGUUCAAUGAAGCCAUUCAAGGACAUGGACCUCUCCAGAAUCAUUGAGCGUCUCUUGAGACUGGCACUGCCCAACCACUUGAUCUGGUUGAUAUUCUUCUACUGGUUUUUCCACUCCUCCAUGAACUUUGUGGCUGAGCUCUUGAGGUUUGGAGAUCGGGAGUUUUACAGAGACUGGUGGAAUUCAGAGACAGUAACAUAUUUCUGGCAAAACUGGAACAUUCCUGUUCACAAAUGGUGCCUUAGGCAUUUCUACAAGCCCAUGCUGAGAAAAGGUGUCAGUAAAUGGGUUGGACAGUCUGCUGUAUUCUUCGCUUCAGCCUUCUUUCACGAGUACCUGGUCAGCGUACCACUACGGAUGUUCAGGCUCUGGGCAUUUAUGGGAAUGAUGGCUCAGCUCCCUUUGGCCUGGUUCGUUGGCCGAUACCUCAGGGGAAACUAUGGAAAUGCAGCGGUGUGGCUCUCUCUGAUCAUUGGCCAGCCCAUUGCAGUUCUGAUGUACGUUCACGACUAUUAUGUCAAUAACUAUCAGGAUGAACCGCUGGAGGUUGAAGCUCUGUAGCCGAUGCUUCAGACACUUAGCAGAAAAGAAAAAUAAAGCAUUGAGUAGACGCCUUAAUCAGAGUGCAUAAGAUAUGGACAGUUCAUCAGAAACAGUCAUGACUGCUGUUUGAGCACCUCUUUUUUUUUUUUACUGGACUUAAAAAAAUAGGUGUCACCUACAGACCUGGUACGAUGUUUGAUAUAUGUGAAAGACUGGGCCCGUCCCAGUUUUCUUCAAUGCUCCCUUUCCUUGUGACCCUGUUCUCUUGGCUGCUAAUCUAGACUAGCUAGAUAAACAAAACUGGAUAAGUGACUAAGUCUUAAUAGGGCAUCCAUAUGGUGCUUGUUUAAUAUUACUUAAAUACAUUUGGUUCUGUUAGAAUUUUAAGAAUUUUAUGUAAAAAAAAAACAAAAAAACAAAACAAAACGUUCACACACACAGAAAAGGAGGCCUCUAAGCUUAUUGGAACAGGGCUCAGUCAUUGAAAUACUGCAAAUACGUUUUGACCCAGUUCUGGUCACCUGUUAAUACUUUAAAUUUAUAAAAAUUCUUAAGAAAAAUAAUGUAUAGAAUUAUAAGUUGUUGUUGUUGUUGCUGUUGUUGUUUUCUAAAAUUGUGAGAUGAUAUAACUUUUAAAAUAUGCAGGGGUAUGUGUCAUGAGGUGAACUCGUUUGAAAGGGACCAAGUCUUAACACUCACUUUGUAGAGAUAAUGAGGAUCAUUACAGAGAUACGGGCAUGUAUUUUUACACUGAAGUAAACUUUUAUUG